AUGCAAGCCGCCACCGACAUAUUACAAUCGCAAUUGGGGAAGUUGCCUACUGUCGUGCAGCCGGAAUACAAACAUCGUGGAGAUGGCUCAACUAUGAAAACCCUCGCAUGGUUCGGCGCGACAGACGUUCGAGUCAUCGAUGCGCCUAUCCCCGACAUAACAGAACCGGACGACGUAAUCGUUCAAGCAACAGGCACGACUAUUUGUGGAUCAGAUCUACAUCUGUACCACGGGGAGAUCAUGGCCCUUCAGAAGGGCGAUAUUUUGGGCCACGAGUUUAUGAGAGUUGUCGAUCGGAUUGGCCCGAAUGUCAAAAACCUCGCCAUAGGUCAACGCGUUAAUUACAUGUAUGGAACACGCGAUGCUGGCUUCUUUGGAUACUCCCACUUCACAGGUGGUUUCCCUAGUGGCCAAGCAGAGUAUGACCGCGUGCCCUUGGGCGAAGUAAACCUUCUUCCUAUUUCAAAUGACGUCUCAGACGAAGAGGCCCUGUGCCUCUCUGAUGAAGGUGACACCGUCAGAAUAUGGGGUCUUGGUCCGACUCCCAUUGGACAAUGCUGCAUUCGCUGGGCAAAAUUGAAGGGAGCAUCUCGCAUCAUCACUAUAGACCAAGUUCCAGAGCGUCUGGAGUGUGCAAAGGAGCAGGGUUGCGAAGUGGUCAACUUUAGCACGGUCAAGGACGUUAGUCAGAAGGUUCAUGAGAUGGUUCCUGGAGGAUUUGAUGUCGCGGUUCAGUUGACCGUAGUACAUUCCACGAACCGAAGACCUUACUUCUACAAAGGGAUGAAAAUGCUCAUGCUUGAGACUGAUGUUCCCGAGACCGCGAACGAGAUGAUCGUAUCUGUGAGGAAGAUCGGUCGAUGCGGUCUUAUUGCUGCAUAUGCUGGUUUCACCAACGGCUUCAACAUUGGUGCGCUCAUGGAAAAAGGUGUGAGAUUUAUCAGCAAUGGUCAAGCGCCAGUACGACUACAUCAUGGCGAGCAAAUUUGA